GUGGAUGGAUCGGUGACCGAAGUUGUGGUGUUGAUUUGAUUUCAUACAUCUCUUUUGGAUCUGGGCUUCCCCUUUCUCUGUGUCUCUGUAUCUUUGAAAAACAACAACAACAACUACAGCUCCAUAUAAAUAACACCGCCAAUUAUUAGCUGCUCCCUCUUUCUGGUUUGGACCUUCUCUUCUGGAACCUCCCAUCUCUUUCCUGCUCGGAUCUUUUCAAACCUCCCUCAUCGUCUCUAUUUCUGUACGUAUAUAUUCCGUAAAUAUAUUUUUUUGGUACAUAUUCGAUCUCUCUCUCUCUCCCUUUAUUUGAUUCCGUUGCCUUCCCCUUGAUUAAAGAUCUCUGCCUCUCUUGCCAAAUAAGAGCGUUGGCCGGGAAUGGAAGGAAAGGAGUUGGUAUUGGAAUUGUAAGGAAUAAGAAUAAAAACAAAACACUUAGUAAUAGUAAUAGGGGAAGAGGUCAAAGAGCAUGUUGUAUUUGAAGCAGCCGAAGUCCAUUCACUCCAUUGUAUGCGAGACUAAUUCGAACAUAAUAGCAUGCCAUUCUACGAGUAAUCCCUGAGCCUGAGCCGGAGGCUCGGGGAGGGGCUUGAUCUGGAACAAAUACACUAUCAAUGGCGUCGCCAGAGAAUGGGCCCUCCCUCUCUUCCUCUGCCGCUGAUGAAUCCCUUAGUCCUCCGCCUGCUCACGCUUGUAUGUACAAAUUCAAGCUCUACGAGACUCGAUCGAACUUUUACAUGAUAGGAAGGGACAAGAGUAGAACGUAUUGGAGAGUGCUUAAGAUUGACCGGCUGGAUCCAUCAGAGCUAAAUGUCCGUGAAGAUUCGACCACAUAUACAGAAAGUGAGUGUUCUGACCUGUUGAGGCGGAUACAUGAAGGAAACAAAUCCACUGGUGGACUAAAGUUUGUCACUACUUGUUACGGAAUCGUUGGGUUCAUCAAAUUUUUGGGGCCUUAUUACAUGUUGAUUAUCACGAAAAGAAGACAGAUUGGUGUGAUCCGUGGUCAUAAUGUAUAUGCCAUCUCCAAAAGUGCGAUGAUUCCGCUUCCAAAUUCUACUGUUCGGUCCAGUAUCGCUAAUUCUAAGAAUGAGAACAGAUACAAGAAGCUCCUAUGCAUGGUGGAUCUCACAAAGGACUUCUUUUUUAGCUACUCAUACCAUGUUAUGCGUAGUCUUCAAAAGAACUUGUGUAAUAAGGAGACUGGUCCUGUUCUCUAUGAAACAAUGUUUGUCUGGAAUGAGUUCUUGACUCGGGGAAUCCGGAAUCACCUCCAGAAUACUUUUUGGACAGUUGCUUUAGUAUAUGGCUUUUUUAUGCAGGCAAAACUUUCUCUAUCCGGACGAGAGUUCAAACUGACCCUCAUUGCAAGACGUUCUCGUCACUAUGCAGGCACCAGGUAUCUGAAACGAGGUGUAAAUGAGAAGGGCAGAGUUGCUAAUGAUGUCGAGACAGAACAGAUUUUGUUUGAGGAUGUUCCAGAAGGUUUUCCCAUGCAGAUAAGCUCUGUUGUCCAGAACCGAGGCUCAAUCCCUCUUUUCUGGUCACAGGAAACUUCACGCUUGAAUAUUAAACCAGACAUUAUAUUGUCAAAGAAGGACCAAAAUUAUGAAGCCACCAGACUUCAUUUUGAAAACCUUGCUGAUAGAUAUGGAAACCCCAUAAUUAUUUUGAAUUUGAUUAAGACACACGAGAAGAGGCCUCGAGAGUCCAUUCUUCGUGCAGAGUUUGCUAAUGCAAUUGAUUUCCUUAAUAAAGAUUUGUCAGAGGAGAACCAUCUUAGGUUUCUUCAUUGGGAUAUACAUAAACAUUCUCGGAGCAAAGCUACAAAUGCUUUGCUACUUCUGGGCAAAGUGGCUGCAUAUGCAUUGACGCUAACAGGAUUCUUUUAUUGCCAACUAACACCAGUCUUUAGGCAGGAAGGGUGUCUAAGAUGGCUUUCCUCUGAGUAUGUGGACAAUGGUAACUUUUCUCCCCAGAGAUACUGCAACAAUGAUAACAAUGAUAACGGGGAUGCUGAUAACCUAGAGAGGAAACUCAGUGGUGAUAAUAAUGGUGCUACUAGUGUUGCUAAUGGGUAUCACUCUGUCAAGCCAUCCAUGUUCCAAAAGGGGGUGCUCAGGACCAAUUGUAUUGACUGCCUGGAUCGCACAAAUGUUGCACAAUAUGCUUAUGGAUUAGCAGCUCUUGGACUACAGCUUCAUACUCUCGGAGCCACAGACAACCCAAAGAUAGAUCUCGAUGCUCCUUUAGCAGAUGAUUUGAUGGGUUUUUAUGAGAGAAUGGGUGACACACUAGCUCACCAAUAUGGUGGCUCAGCUGCUCACAAUAAGAUUUUCUCGGAGAGAAGGGGUCAGUGGAAAGCGGCAACCCAGUCUCAAGAAUUCUUCAGAACUCUUCAACGGUAUUACAGCAAUGCUUAUAUGGAUGCAGAGAAACAAGAUGCAAUUAAUGUAUUCCUGGGGCACUUUCAGCCCCAACAGGGCCAACCUGCUCUCUGGGAACUGGAUUCAGACCAGCACUGUGAUGCUGGGAGGAAUGGGCAUGCAAAUGUGGAUGAAGAUGGAAGGUCAAUUUUCAAACGAUCCUUAUCAGACGGGAACAUUCUUCAAGAAAGAGACUCACCUGCAUCAGCCACAAAAGAGAAGCAUGUUUCUAACUCAGUUUUGCCCGACCGAUCACAAGGAGCGAGCAACUUUCUAUCUGAGUCAUCACCAGAAAUAUCAACUUGUGAGAGUGAUAUAACUUUUUCAAGGUAUACUCCCUCAAUGGCUCGCAGGCAGCUUUUUGGAGAUGUGCAAAGAGAUCGAUUCAUUGAGACCGAUCAUAUGUACUUCUCGGAACAUAUGUUCAACUGCUCAAAUUUUGUUGACCUUGACUGGUUAUCUUCCUCUGGGAAUUCAUGUGAGGAAGAGCAAUUUGAGAGGUCAUCAAUACUCACGAACUCUCCAGUUGCUGGGCUAUCGUCAGAAAAUGUUGUCAAUGGAGUGAUAGGAGAAACUACCCCAUCCACAAGUGAAUAUGCAUCCAGUAUGAAAGGAAGGGAGCGUACUGGAACAGAGCUAUCCUUUGGUACAGCAGCAGAGAGUUCCGAAGUUCUCGAGGAUUUUUCAGAUAGCUUUGUGCACUGGGUGAACAAUGGAGAGACAAUCUGCCAUUGAAGUUGGGCUAAUUUUCCCCCCCUAAUUCGGUAUAUUCCCACUCUCGUAUUUCAGGUUGCUGUAACAAUGCUGAUCCACAGAGAGUAUAGCAAGGGUAGCGGGAACAAGAGAGACCGGUGCUACGACUUGCGGCAUUAAAUUCCUUCGGAGAAACCCCAAUCAGAACACGUCGAUACCAACGUGCAGUAGUAAAUAGGCAACACUUUAAAAAAAAAAAAAAAAAUUCUUUUUGGAGCUCGUUGUUUUCUUCCUCCACUUGUCGCUCCUGUAAAUAUUAUCAUUCCACUCUCUAGAGCUCCACUUUUAGAAUUGCAGGCCAUUGAUUCUUUAUGUUAUUUGUGGUGAAGCAUGCAUGCGAUCCAGAUGCUUGGAGGAAAGUCCUACCAUUGUAGCAACUCCCGUCGUUUGAGCUGUGUCUAGUCGUAGAGCCUGGAGAUCGAGCCCGUAUAGACGUACUUGUCUAGACUUUUGUUCAUUUGACGGACGUUUCUUUUUAAGCCAGGCUUUUGUAAGUUUUUGCACCAUCCAUUGUAAACUUAAGGCACAAGUAAUCUGGUAAAAGUUAAUACAUAAAUAAAUGAAGAAAUAAAAGAUAAUCAUAAUAUUCUCAAAUUA